AUGUUCGGAGUUUUGAGAGGCGCGUUUACCAGGAAAGGCGGUUUUUACCAGUGCUCGCGACAAGCUGCAAAUAUUUCACGAAGCCACUGGAUUUCGACCACCAACAAUGCGAGAUUAUGGUACUUGAAGCGUUUGGAUCUAUAUCAGACAGAGAAACCGUACCAUAUCAACCUACCCGCAAACGCACUGGGAAGACACGCGCAGUCGAAUGAAGUCUCUCAAGAGUAUGCUGGUAUACGGAUUAAGAGUCUGAGGGGGUUUGAGAAUGAUUUCAAUUUGGAUAAGAAUGGGUUUCAGAUCUUCGAAGAUAUUGAUUGUGGCGAUGAUGCAGACUGGUCUACUCACAGCGCCAGCGCAGCCCCAACUUCGGACGUUUAUGCCGACCCGGACAUCGUGAGGAAGAAAUACUAUCCUGCAAUCGAGCGUUUGUUGAAGAAGAAGCUUGGAGCGCAAAUGGCAAAAGCCUUUACUCAUGAUGUUCGUCGAAGAGAGCCGCAGUUCCCAGCUCUGCCUCGCGGCACGGGAACAUCUCCACAACCUGUCCAGGGCGUACACGUCGACCUUACUCCUCGAUGGGCCGAAGAGAAGCUUCACAUGCUUUUCCCUGCAGAACAAACAUGGGGAAUCAUGCAACAUCGGUGGCAGGUCUUGAACGUAUGGAGGCCGCUCUUCGGUCCCCUUCAAGACUGGCCAUUGGGUCUAUGCGAUUAUUCGUCGAUCAAUCCUCAACGUGAUCUGGUCCCCAGCGACAAUAUCUACACACACAUUGUGACAGAAACCUACAAUGUUUACCACGACAAUGCCCAUCGCUGGUACUUCUUGGGGGAUAUGAAGCCCAAUGAGCUUUUGGUCUUCAAAAGUUUCGACACAAUGGCGGCGGAAGGCAACGCGCGGGUAUGCCCUCACGCCGCUUUCGAGCAUCCUGAGACGCCCGCCAAUGCUCGUCUUCGGGAGAGCAUCGAAUGUUUGGUCUACGUCAUUUAUCCAGAGAGAAGGAGUACAGCGAGUAGGACUGAUAUCGACCUUCUGCCGUGA